AUGUCAAGUUUGGAUCGAUUCAAUAAAAUUAAAUCUAUUCAUUUAUGUGUCAAUUGUUUGGCUGCAGGUCAUAAAACUCAAGAAUGUGCUAGUAAACACACGUGUCAAGAAUGUAAAAUGAAACAUCACACUUUGCUUCAUCGCGGUAAUUCAAAACAAACAAAAAACGAAUCAGAUCAAGCUCAAGAUAAAUGUCUAUCGUUAACCUCGAGUCAAGCCGAGACAAAAAAUAUUCAGUCUCAUUUUUUAUCAACCGGGACUUUGAAAGAAAAACGAGUUAUGCUUGCUACAAUUAAAUUGUGUGUCUUCCCUGUGGGCAAAAAACCAUGGUUAUCAUAUUCUCAUCAAAAAAUUCCAAUUAGAGCUUUGCUUGACCCAGGGUCGACUUGGACAUUUAUUCCAAACAAAGCAGCGAAUUUAUUAGGUAUCAGAAAAACUCGAGUAUCUGCAUCGCUGUCGGGGCUGGAUGGCACCUCGGCCGGUACAGCUACGUCUGUAGUUGAACUUAAUCUUUGUCCUAUUCAAGCCCAGAAUCCCAUGUUUACAACCCAAGCAUUAGUCACUCCUCAAAUCACAACAUACACCCCUGAUAGGAACAUUUCGCUUGAGAAGUGGCCUCAUUUAAACAAUCUUGAAUUUUCCGACGACAUUACAUGUAAUGAGGAAAUAAACUUGCUCAUUGGAGCAGAUUUAUACGGCGCGUUAAUUUCAAAUGAAAUUCGAAAAGGGGGGAUUAAUGAGCCAGUGGCACAAAACACUGUCUUUGGCUGGGUUUUGUCUGGUCCGAUUGCAAGCAGUGUUCCUUCGAAUUUAAAUACUGUCUCUGAUCUCCAUUGUGCUUCAUUCGAUCAAUUAAAUUCCGCAUUGACAAAAUUUUGGGAAGUCGAAAAUGUCAAGACAGAAACACCGGUCUGUACACAAGAUGAAUUUUGUGAAUCACAUUUUAUGUCAACACAUAAACGAACAAGUGAAGGUCAAUACAUUGUUCAAUCCCCGUUUGAUUCUGAAACUCUCGACAUUGGUGAAUCUCGUUAUAUUGCGGAACGAUCUCUUAAACGCAUUGAAACUCGACUUGAAAAUUAUCCAGAGCAUAAAAGGGAAUACAAUUCAUUUAUGUCAGACUACGAAUGUCUAGAACACAUGAUUCCCUCUCCAAAUCCACAUCUACCUCCACAUCUUUGCGUCUAUCUUCCUCAUCAUCCUAUUAUUCGCGAGCACAGUCAAACCACAAAAUUAAGAGUCGGUUUUCACGCUUCAACUGAUAUCACAAAAAUGUAUCGGCAGAUUCUCAUCGAUCCUAUUCAAAGAAAUUAUCAACGCGUUCUAUGGAGACCUUCUCUCGAUGUUCCGAUUUCCGAAUAUCAAUUAGCAACCGUAACAUAUGGUACACGCUCCGCUCCAUACCUCGCAUUAAGAGUCAUGAGACAACUCGUAGCUGAUGAAGGAUCAGAUUUCCCACUCGCAUCUCUCGUUCUCUUGUUCGACACGUUCAUUAAUGAUUUUUUAUUCGGAGCUUACGAUAAAAAAACUGCAAGGUUAAAGCGAGAGGAAGUUGUAUCACUUUUAAAAAAGGCUAAAUUAGAGGCGCGAAAAUGGGCAAGCAAUGAACCAUCCCUGAUUGCAGAUGUUGAUCCAUCAAAUCAUGGUCUUGCAUGGGGCUCUUCAGACUCACAAAAACAGGCAAUUAAAGUUCUUGGAAUUUCAUGGAAAUUUGAUACCGAUACCUUUCAUUUUAACGUGAACCUGGAACUUCCAAAAACCUUGACUCAUCGACAAGCGUUAUCUCUCUGGGCUCAAUUAUUUGAUCCCGUCGGGUGGAUUUCUCCAGUAAUAGUCGUUGGUAAAAUUCUUAUGCAAAAAACUUGGCUAAGCAAAGCAACUUGGGAUGAACCACUGCCCACUCCACUUCAAAACCAAUGGUUAACUUAUUUUUUAUCAUUGAACGAUCUUUCAAAAAUCUCAAUUUCUCGAUGGAAUAAUCAUGAUCCUAAUAGUUCAAGUUCCGAACUACAUGGAUUUGCGGACGCAUCUGACCUUGCAUACGGUGCAGUCAUUUACCUACGAACUGUCACAAAAUCUGGCGAAACAUUCGUUUCGUUGAUUACAAGCAAAACAAAGUGUUGGACAGAUUCCAAGGUCGUAUUGGCCUGGCUGAGCAAGCAUGCAUCUGCGUGGAAGCUUUUUGUCGCGAACAGAGUUGCAGAAGUACAGUCACUUUUCCCAUCACUAAAAUGGAAACAUGUUCCGACUGAAAGCAAUCCUGCCGAUCUCGCUUCUCGCGGCCUGCUCCCCUUAAAAUUGCACGAAUCUACUUUAUGGUGGAACGGACCCAAAUGGUUAAUGAAUCAGCCCGAUCAAUGGCCGAGUCAAAUCUCCCCAUCUGACGAGGAAUCGUCAGUCGAACUUAAACCAGUCUCUCAUCUCGUUAAUGAUCCAACAAAUCACCCUCUUUACAAUCUGAGGAUAAAGUUUUCAUCAUAG